GAGAGACGAGGAGAGGGGGACUAGUUAACCCUGCUAGACCAGCACUCUAAAGGAGAACACAAUAGAGGAGAGACGAGGAGAGGGGGAUUAGUUAACCCUGCUAGACCAGCACUCUAAAGGAGAAAACAGGAGAAGAGAGAGGAUAAAAAGGGGACUAGUUAACUCCUGACACUGGUAGUUCCAUGUGUAGCCUGAGAAUGGCCCUGCUGUGUGUGGUUGUGGCCUUUGCCCUGACUCUGCUAGGCCCCUGCCCCAGUGUGUGUGCCCCUCAGGGGGGGGCGGAGCCAGACGAACAGCCCUAUGACCUGGAUGACUUUGAUAUGAAUGGAGAGACAGACUGGGAAAACUUGGACCUCAAUGGAGAAAACUAUGACUAUGAAGACCUAGACCAAGAGAUCGAGGUGGGGACGGUGGCCCCCCCUGCUCCUGAGACCCCUCCCCCGGCCAACAUGCCCCCUCCUGAGUAUGAGGAGGAGAUGACCCUGUCCCCCAGGCCGACCCCUCCCCUGGCUCCAGUAACUCUGGACUUCAAAGGACCAGGCCUGUUUGGACCCGACACUGGCCUGGGUAUGCCUACAUGUUUGCUGUGUGUGUGCAUCAGUGGAAGUGUGUAUUGUGAUGAUGCUAACCUGGAGCAGAUUCCUCCACUGCCUAAAGAUACCACACACUUCUACGGACGCUUCAACGGUAUCAGACACAUCAAGAACACUGACUUCAUCAACCUCAACAAGCUGAAGAGCAUCGACUUAACAGGGAACCAGAUCUCUGGGGUGGAUGAAGAUGCAUUCCGCCCCCUACCACAGCUCCAGGACAUCCUAUUGGCUGAUAACAACCUGCAGGCGUUGCCAGAGCUCCCACCCACCCUCAGAUACAUCGAUGUGCGCAACAACAGACUGAUCAGCAAUGGACUACAUACAGAUGGGUUUAAGGAGAUGAGCCUGCUCGAGUUCCUGUAUCUGUCUGAUAACAAUCUGGACUACAUCCCCGUCCCACUACCUGAGAGCCUCCGAGUACUACACCUGCAGAACAACAACAUCCAGAAUCUUCAUGUGGACACAUUCUGUAACAGCCACGACCGUAACUACAUACGACGCUCCCUGGAGGACAUCAGGCUGGAUGGAAACCCUGUCAACAUCAACCUGUACGCCUCCUCCUACAUCUGCCUGCCUCGUCUGCCUAUCGGGAGCCACUGAGGGGGGCAUUGAGGGGACAUGGAUGGGGGCCAUGGAGGGGCUCUGCACAGAGGGAGGCAGGGAUAGGUAUACUAAGAUGGUGGUAGGGAGGGAGGGUGAGGGAGGAAAGGGAAAGAGAAAAUAUUCAUUUUAUAAAGCAAAUCAAAGACAGAGAUGAGCGUGAGGGUUGGGGAAAGGAAGGAUGGAAAGGGAGAGUUGUUKAUUAUAUUCUGGUUCGCUAUCUCUUUAACAUUAGCUGCUAACUCAAUCCUGAGACAACUGUUAUGUCACGCCAGUAAGCGGCUGUCCUGACUGAAUGAUUGAUUGGCAGAUGGCCAGAUAAAUGAGGGGCCGUUUGCUUGUACCUGACAAAUAUCAAUCGUGCUAAAAUCCAACCUGGGCAGAGGAAAACAGCUGCCACUGUAGCGACAGUCUGUAUGUCUACCMGUCUGACUGCUACUUGUGCCUACUGAAACAUGUGUGUUGCCUCACAAUGAGAUCGUCAUUCUUUAUUAUAGGUUGACCAUAAUAAAAACAACUGUGAUUCACUUAGUUUGUUUGUUAAUCAACGAUGUAAAUUCAUCAAUUAAAGUAUAAACACUGCUCCAUUAUUGUCACUUCCCGUGUAUAAAUAUAUUAUAAAGGUAGAGUAGCCAGAUCAACAUGAUAUUGUAUUUUGUUUCAUUUCCAUUUAUUAUCUCAUCACUGGGAUGUGUUCGGUAAAACAGCAGUGACGUCAGAGAGAAACAUCUACCAUUCGCAAAUUGAACCCUCUAGCCCCUGUCCCCCAUGCAUUUGUGGAGAUCUGAGGGGAGGGAUUACAAUUUCGUGUUGGUCCACUUUCCCUACUGAUAGGCUGGCUAGGUGUAAUUUCCCGCCAAAGUGCUUUUACCUCCCCAAUAUUCUCAGGUGAUGAGAUGAGGUGAGGUAUUGAAAGGUAUUGAAAAUAGGAGUGUCAAUCAUUUUGACUCCUACCUUUUUUAGAUUAAAAAAUAUUGUUAAACAAAAUCUCUUUCUCUGAGCAAUAGUCGACACAGUGGACAUUUCAUAAUACCCAUAAUACCUAGCGACAAAACCCGAUAAUGAUGCCAAUCGUUCUUUCAAGGAUGAGCAUAAAAAGGGGAGAAGACCAAUAUAAGUCGGACCAUGUGGAGAAGUGCAGCUAUAGUGAGGUUUGGUCAGGGCCAGCAUGGGGAAUAAAGUUGAUCCUGUGUCUGUGAGUAUAGUUAUUAAGUUAAGUUUGAGCAUCACAUGUUCUAUUCAGCUAUCAACUUUCUACAAAGAAAGAGACACUUAAUAAUUUAUAUAAUCAUUAAACAGAUUUCCCCGUAUACCAGACGUGGAUGAGUGAUAACUCAGUUCUAGAAUGUUGUCAAUGAGGAGAAUGAAUCAAAAAAAUCUAUUGCCAUUCAUAAUUGACUUGUUUAGACAUCCAUCCUGUAUUGUCGUUUCAUGACCAGAGACAAAUCUUCAAAGGCAGUAUUGUUUAUUCGUGGUGGUGCAUGCAUUCACACAGCCUUGAUUUAUAUGAUCCUUCCCGCUAUGUCAAGUGAUAAAAUCCCAAAUGAUCAAUUAAAAGUUCAUGGAAAAACUG